CUUCGUCUUCUAUCGAGGUUGAGAGAGAGUGAGAGAGUGAGAGAAGAGGGCAUCGAUGGAGAAGAGCCAGAGAGCAAUGGAUCUGUACGAGAAGCUGGAGAAGGUCGGAGAGGGAACGUAUGGGAAGGUGUACAAGGCCAGGGAGAGGGCUACGGGGAGGAUCGUGGCGCUCAAGAAGACCCGGCUUCCGGAGGACGAUGAGGGCGUUCCUCCCACCACGCUCCGUGAGGUCUCCCUCCUCCGUAUGCUCUCCAUUGAUCCUCAUGUCGUCAGGUUGAUAGAUCUGAAACAAGGCAAGAAUAAGGAAGGGAAGACGAUUCUUUAUCUGGUUUUUGAGUACAUGGACACUGAUCUUAAGAAAUACAUCAGAGGCUUCCGUCAAAACCAAGAAUUUCUCCCAGGAAAGACAAUCAAGAUAUUAAUGUACCAACUCUGCAAAGGUGUCGCUUUCUGCCAUGGCCAUGGUGUGCUCCACAGGGACCUCAAGCCUCACAAUUUACUAAUGGAUCGAAAGACAAUGAUGCUUAAAAUAGCUGACCUUGGGCUCAGCAGAGCAUUCACUAUUCCCCUCAAGAAGUACACUCAUGAGAUACUGACACUCUGGUAUAGAGCUCCGGAGGUGCUCCUUGGAGCCACACAUUAUUCAACUCCUGUUGAUAUGUGGUCUGUUGGCUGUAUAUUUGCUGAACUAGUGACAACUCAAGCACUAUUUCCUGGAGACUCUGAACUGCAACAACUCCUUCACAUAUUCAGGCUACUGGGAACUCCAAAUGAAGAAGUGUGGCCAGGAGUAAGCAAACUACCAAACUGGCAUGAGUUUCCACAAUGGAACCCAAAGAGCUUGUCUUCUGCAGUCCCCGGUCUGGACGCUAAUGGUUUAGACCUGCUCUCGAAGAUGUUGUACUACCAGCCUUCAAAGCGGAUUUCGGCUAAGAAGGCCAUGGAGCAUCCUUACUUUGAUGAUGUGAACAAGACUCACCUGUGAAGCAACCUAACAACCUUAUGGAGACUCAUUGCAGCUGACUUUGUGAAAGUAGAUAAUGCUUGCUUUUCUCAAGCAUGAGCACUUUAAAUGAAAAACAAAAAGACUAAUAGUGUGUGGUCUACGUUUAACUGUAUUUUGUCUGUUAUUUUUCAGAGAUGAUGAUGUGGUACCUUUAUUCAUGAAAUUAUGGAUGAUUAA